CCGAACCAAAACUAAUCGUAGUAUCGGAGUCAAGAAAGUUAAUUUAUUUGAAUUGCUAUAGUAAAUAUUCAUUAUUCUACGCUAAAACAUGUCUUAUCAGUUGUAUCGUAAUACCACACUUGGAAAUACACUACAGGAAACAUUGGACGAGCUGAUUCAGUAUGGUCAAAUUACCCCGGCAUUGGCAGUCCGAGUGUUGGUUCAGUUCGACAAAUCCAUCAAUGCAGCCCUAUCGAACCGAGUCAAAUCCAGGGUAACGUUCAAGGCAGCGAAGCUGAACACCUACCGCUUCUGCGAUAACGUGUGGACGCUGAUGCUGAAUGAUGUCGAAUUUCGGGAGGUGCAUGAAUUCGCAAAAGUGGACAAAGUCAAAAUUGUGGCGUGUGAUGGAAAGAAUGCUAACGUAAAUGACGAUAUUGGCCGGACAGAUCGAUAGAAAGCCCAGUCA